CUUUCUGGUUCUCGCUGCACAUUCCUAAUAAUAGGUAAGCUACACCAGCAACAUAUAGGCAAAUCAGGAGUGCCUUGGCUCAGAAACUGGUCUCGCCUUGUUAUAUGACAAGGACCUAACAUCUGACGCCUCCCCAAAAACAACACCGGCCCGUCCCGAGAGCCUUCUCUUGGGUGGGUGGAUUCUACAGAGCGUAUAAAUACAUAAUACAUGUCUUUAGUGUUUUUUAGACUUAGAAGAGAAACAUUGCUUGUGAACAACUCAUCUCUUUCACACACUUGUUUCAACUUCACUUUCAACUAACAUUCAGCAGGCCUACAACUAUGGAUGAUUCAGACCAUGUAACAUUUACAGAAAGCGAGUUUUACCAGAGACAUUUUGACAGCAGGGAAUACUUCAAGGCCUACUACAGGGGUCCCAAUAGCGGUGAAGAAUUUUUUCCUUUUCUGCUACAGCAACUGAACGAGACAUUUUCAUCAGGAAACAUCAAGGGCAAGAAGCUAAUUGACAUAGGAUGUGGACCUACAAUCCAUGGCCUCAUAAGUGCAAGCAAAUGCUUUGAAGAAAUAGUGGUAUCAGACUUCACCGACAGCAAUCGCAGGGAGAUUGAGAAGUGGCUGAGGAACGAGGAAGGCUGUUUUGACUGGCGUCCCACCAUCGAGUUUGUCUGUGAGCUAGAAGGCGGAAGGUCACCAGAAGAGGUGGAACGGAGGCUUAGGCGGAUAGUGAAGCAGGUGCGGAGAUGUGACGUUCGGCAGGAGAACCCUUUCCACCCUCUGACGAUGGAACCAGCAGACUGCAUACUGUCUAGCUUUUGUCUGGAUUCAGCCUGCAAGGACCUGGAGACAUACCGGCGUGCUCUCAGAAGUAUAGCGGCACUCCUUAAACCUGGAGGUGUGCUGGUGCUCAUCAGUGCUCUCAAUGCAUCAUUCUACUUUGUGGGGCAGGAGAAAUUCUCUUGUUUGUUUCUUAGUGAGAGCUUCAUUAAAGAAACUUUAAGGAACCUGGGCUUCUCCGUCAAGCAGGUCAACACCGUGCAUACAAAAGAAACCAACAAAGGGUUUUACGAUGCCGAGGCAGUUUUUUAUCUUGUUGCUCAGAAAACAAAAUAGGAUUUAGUUGCCUUAAAGAUUUUGUUUUCCUAUGCUAAGACAUCUGUGAACUUACAGUAAAUGUUGGAGGAUACAAUUAGACAAAAAACACACUCACUAAAUUUCACUUGCUCCAGAAUGUGAGAUAUAUUACUAAAUCAUUUGGAAAAAGAGCCUGUAAUAACUGUGCAUGUCAUAUUACUUUCUGAAGUAAAAAUACAUAUAUAUAUAUAUAUAUAUAUAUAUAUAUAUAUAUAUAUAUAUAUCCCCUAAAAUAUUAGUUUUAUAUUGAAAAUGGAUUCAUCAUAUUAAAAGUUUCAGCAUUCACCAGCAGUUUGUGUCCAUCUUUAUUGUGCAUACAUUUGCUCAGAUGACCUCCUGAGAAGUGAUGACAUCAUCCAGACACACAGAGGGUUGAGUGGAUAAAUCUACAGUAAUGUCAUUUCAUCUCUUUUUCUGUACUUUAUCUGUAGUGUACUUUCACCCAGAUGAGGACCCGCCUC